CAUGACAACAAACCAAAGUCAGUCAUACACAUCUCCAAAGCCUCAAGAAUAUCCUUUACAAGAAAUGAAUCCAAGAACUCCUAAUCAGAGGCCAAGUUCCAGAUCUUCACCGGCAAGAGCUGUCAAAUCACCCGCCAGUAGUAUCAAAAGUAUGGAAACUGAUUCAUUGGUCACACUUACAACAAAUGGUGUCAAUUCAUCACAACUCCAGAACUCAGCCGACCAGUCUCCAGAAAACGACCAUUUUUUAGUGAAUACGACCACAACUAUGCACCUCAACCACAACCACCACCUCUCAGAUUUGACAACAUCUAUGAAUACAUCUACAGAUAUUAUCAAUUCAUAUAAUCUGAGUCCAAGCUCGCAGUCAUCUGCUUUUUAUUCCUCAUUUUAUAUGCCUUCCUUAGGCUUACUCGACCCGAGCAGUCCUACUGUGAUAAUGAAUGUCUCCGGCACUGACAUCGAGGGCACCAAAAAGUCAUUGGAAGAGCAGCAGAUAUCUAUGGGUCACACCAUUUCUAGCAUAGAUUGUGGUCGUAUUAUUGAUUCGUUAGACACUAAUUCUGGCCUCAAUUUAAUGGACGUGACAUCGAUGACAUCGUUCAUAAAGAGUGAACCAAUGUGUGAUCCGAUCUCGUCUUUCUCAUCACUACUUCAUUCAAGUGAAUCUACUUUAACAACAAUGAGCAAUACAUCGCCAGUGAGCACAAUGAGCAACACUACUGUUUUGCCGCCCGUUUCCACUUUCCUAAUGCCCAACUUUCGUGACCAGAACUGGUGGGACAGGAAUUUAGAUAAAUUGAAAAAUAAUAGUAAAGACAUGAAUGAUUGCGACUGUUAUGCACCCGACGAACGUGAGUACAUCCAAUCGUCAAGUUCUUCAACACUGACUUCUUUGCCCGCAUCUCUUUCCAACUGAUCUGAUCUGAACUGAAUCAUUGCACCACUUCUUUAUUGAAUACUUCUGAAACUCUGUGCCACUCAACGAAUGCCAUCAAAUAUAUAUCUAUUGCAACAAAUAAUUCAUUUAUUAAAAAACCAAUGAUAUGAACUCUACUUUAUUCAAAUUGUAAUUUUUAGUGUAUAUUAAGUACAGUGUGUGCCAAACAAUUGCUUCAAUUGAUUGUCAAUUUAUUGCUCACUUUUAUAGCCAUAAUAUUUUCAUUUUUGCAAAUGUUUAUAUUAGCAUUUAAAAGUUUUCAUAAGAUUUUAUUUAUGUGUCAAAUUUAUACCAAAAACACUAAACAUAAAAAAUAGUGUAUAAGUAUUAACAGUUCUUAAGCCAUUAAUUUUAGAGAUC